AUGGCCAGCACUUCCUUUUUGACCAACGGGAGGACCAUUGGCACCCUCAUGGUACUGGGGGCUAGCUCUCUGACCAAUGGGUUCUUACUCACAAGGGAUUAUAUGAAAGCAAGGGCAAAACAGAGGAAAUUGUAUCCUCCCAGUGCAGAAUAUCCUGAUCUCCAAAAGCACAACAGCUACAUGGCAACUUACCUGACCCCUGAUUUAUAUGCCAAACUUCAUGAUAAAUCUACAUCCAGUGGCUGGACACUGGACCAGUGCAUUCAGACUGGAGUGGACAAUCCUGGAGAGUCCAUAGGAAUAAUAGCAGGAGAUGAAGAAUCAUAUGCAGUCUUUGCUGAUAUGUUCGACCCUGUGAUUAGAGAAAAGCACAAUGGAUACAAUCCGAAGAUCAUGAAACAUGUCAAAGAUUUGGAUGCAAGUAAAAUUAGGAAUGGACAGUUUGAUGAAAACUAUGUUCUUUCCUCACGCGUGAGAACUGGUCGAAGUAUUCGAGGACUCAGCAUGCCUCCUGCCUGCACUCGGGCUGAGAGGAGAGAGGUGGAGAGGGUGACUGUUGAGGCAUUAGCUGGAUUAAAGGGAGAUCUAGCUGGAAAAUACUACAGUCUGAGCAGUAUGACAGACAAAGAGCAGCAACAGCUCAUUGAUGAUCACCUCUUGUUUAACAAACCAGCAUCACCUUUCCACUUGUCUUCAGGGAUGGCCAGGGAUUGGCCCGAUGCUCGGGGCAUUUGGUAUAAUAAUGAGAAGACUUUCUCAAUCUGGAUCAAUGAGGAGGACCAUCUUCGAAUUAUCUCCAUGGAGAAAGGCAGUAACAUGAAGAGGGUGUUUGAGAAAUUCUGCCGGGGUCUCAAAGAGGUUGAGAAACUGAUCACUGAGAAAGGCUGGGAGUUUAUGUGGAAUGAGAGACUUGGCUACAUCCUGACAUGCCCAUCAAACCUGGGCACUGGACUCCGAGCUGGGGUUCACAUCAAACUACCCAUGCUCAGCAAGGAUCCUCGCUUCCCGAAGAUCCUGGAGAAUCUGCGACUGCAGAAACGAGGGACAGGGGGAGAGGACACCGAAGCUGUGGACAGCGUGUUUGAUAUCUCAAACCUGGACCGUCUGGGGAAAUCUGAGGUGGAGCUUGUUCAAUUAGUGAUUGAUGGAGUCAACUAUUUAAUUGAGUGUGAGAAGAGACUCCAGCAAGGUCACGAUAUCCAAAUCCCACCCGCCCCACGCAGAAACAGUUACCAUUGA